GUGAGCUUGCCGAGCCAGGCCAUGGUCGACAAUGCUUGCUUGACACAGGCCCCAUUUGUCCGCUUGGGUAUUUGCUUGCCUAAAGGCGAACGGUAACGGUUAACUGCAUUUAACACUAUCGCUAUCAAGUCCAUCUGAUGUGCCAGUUACAAGUCAAGGUUGUUUUAUUUUGUAGCCCGAGAAGGUGAUCGAUUGAGUGAGUACGGUGUAUAUUUUGUCACCAUCAAGGUGGAAGAAUAUGUGGUCUCUUUCUAGCAAGACAGCUCUUUUUUCACAGUGUAUCGGUACAAGCUAUGAGUUUGCGACAAGUAAAACCGUAAAACUAGGGCGCCUAUGCACUCCUGUUCGAACUUGUCAUUCGCUGGCUCCUACGUGACACAUCACAACGUGUCCCUACUUACACAUAAGCCCACGCCUACCCCGUCGUUUCACUAAGUUGUUUUAUGGGUGUUUCUACCAGUUUUUAUUCUGGGUGUACUUUCCUUUACGGGGCUAAGGGCAAUGCUAUCUGUGAGCAGCCAAUAAACAUGGCCUCUGAGAUCUCCGCUUUCCGUGCCAAUCUUUGCGGCUGUGAUGCAGUAAAAGUAGAAAAACACACACACAACAUAAACUGAUGGACUAUCAGAAAAUCGCCACUUCAGAUAUAUUUGUUGACUAGAAUCUGGUCAGUCAAUAAGACAGACAGGGCGGCAGACCCGCUCAGUCACACGUUGACGGGUACUCUCAGCACUACACCCGUGCUCGUACUGCUCGUACGGCUCGUGUCGCAAGCACAGUAGGUGAGGCAACCCGUCACCGGUGCCAACACGCAGCAGCCGCGUCCACGAACGGACAAGUUUGAGCAAUGACGCCGGGCGGUUCGCUUGGAGUGCUGACUUUGUGGCUGUCGUUGACAGUGGUCUGUGGCGACAGGAGGGGAUACAUUCUCUAUUGUCCCUGCAUGGGGCGCUUUGGGAACCAGGCUGACCACUUUCUUGGCGCACUGGCCUUCAGCCGAGCACUCGGCCGCACCCUAGUCCUUCCGCCAUGGGUGGAAUAUCACCCAGGGGAACCCAAGUCCGUGCAGGUGCCCUUUGACACAUACUUCAAGGUGGAACCGCUGACCAAGUACCACCGGGUGAUCAUCAUGGAGCGGUUCAUGAAAGAUUUGGCACCCUCCAUUUGGCCUCCAGGAAACCGCACUGUGUUCUGCUACCAAGUCCGUGCACUGGGCCAGGGCUGCCAGGCCAAGGAGGGCAAUCCGUUUGGACCCUUCUGGGACACGUUUGGUGUGGAAUUUGAUAAGUCUGAGUUCUACAUGCCUCUCCAGUACGAUAUCCACCACCAUGACAUGGCGCGCAAGUGGAAGGAGAAAUAUCCGGCCGACAGGUACCUGGUGUUGGCGUUUGUGGGCGCACCAGCCACCUUCCCCGUGCAGAAGGAGAACCUGGCACUGCAGUCGUACCUUGUGUGGAGUGACACAGUCCUGAACAUGGCUCGCCACUUCAUCCGCACUAGCCUGCGUGUGCCCUUUGUUGGCAUUCACCUGCGCAAUGGCAUCGAUUGGGUGCGUGCCUGUGAACACUUGGAGUCAAGUCCACUGCUCUUCUCGGCACCUCAGUGCGUGGGCUACAUGGGAGAGCGAGGCCCACUGCCUACAUUAGCCUGCCUUCCCACACCCGAGGUCGUCACACAGCAGGCAGUGGCCAUACAGCGCGAGCCCAGUGAUCCACAUGUGGACCUGGCCAUUCUGGGCCUGUCCAACCACUUCGUGGGCAACUGUGUGUCAUCAUUCAGUGCCUUUGUCAAGCGCCACCGUGACGUGAAUGGCCUCCCCUCUUCCUUCUGGGCCUUCCAGCCGUUGGCCGGUGAUGGAGGCAUGAGUGCCAGUGAGCGCAUUCACCAGGAAUUGUGAUCGAUGCUAGCACGUUUAGUGGGAGUUGCAGCUCUGCAGAAAGGUUCGCCCGAUUGCGAGCUGCUGUUCUAAAUCAAAGCUGUGGUAAUUUUGAGUUACGAGUGUUGCGAAAUAGGAUUUACUGGUACCAAAUUCAGACAGGACAGCAGAAGAUACUUAUAGAACAAAUGCUGAACUAGCAUCCUUCACACCUGUGAAUGAGGCAUGAAUUGUGCUGUCUUUUCUCGAUUUGGUGCCAGUGAUUUAUGCUUCACAAUAGCCAUUGUUAUACAGGGAGAUCUCACAAACGAGAACUGACGCACAUUUACCAAGCUGGUGGUCACCACAGUGGCCGAACAAAUCUUGUUGUCCGAGCGUUGGCACCAUUAGGUUUAUGCUGGCUUAAAGUCGAUGAAACUUGUUGACCAGUCCAGACACACAUGUGCUCCAGAAAGAGUACACUGAUUCACUGCUUUUGCUGCAAUGUGCUGUUUUCCCCAGGUUUCUGUGUGUAAUUACCUACUUGCUUUCAACAGUGUGCAGCAUUAUACUGAACUGAUUGUAAGGUACAGAGCUACUGUAUAUAUGUUACCCCAGAAAGCAGAGUUGCUUGCAAGUCUGCGACCUUGCAUGCAAAAUGAACCAAGGUUGUGAGGGAAGCCACACUCCAUAUUCGUAGGAGCCAAGCUCGUUGCAACACAGUGACAGUGGUCAACACCGCGCAAUGUACCCAUUUUAUCUGGGACACUCAAGAACCACUUUAUUAUUAACUAAACACGCCCGAUAUAUGUCAUUUGUUCAACUCCUUCAUAAUUAAUAGAAAAUUACCAUUGCAUGUGCCGAAACAUCACCUAGUGAAUUGAUUCUUUGUAGCACACUGUGGGGGUGCCACCCACAGUGUGCACAUGGCAAUCAGCAAUCCUAAUAAAUUUCAUUUUUUUGGCUGAUGA